AUAAAAUUAAAUCAUCCAGAUUAUUGAAAUACACACCCUUAAAUUACUAUAUAAAUCCUAAUAAUAGUUAUCAUAAACUCCCUAAGUUCCCAACAAUAUAUGCAUCUACUGAAUGCUAAAUGACAAUAUAUCCUUAAGAUGACCAUUGCUUUGUCUCUUAAGCGCUAAUGAUCCAAACAGUACUAAAUUUAAAAAGACCCCAUCUUUCACAUAACACCACACCCGUCUCUGUUUUGGCUAAUUUUUUAUUAAACGUAAUUGAGAUUUUUAAUUGGUUACGGCCGGCAGGUUGUCUUGAUCUUCCUCCUGGUGGCCCCCGCGGAGCAUCUUACCGUUCCCUCGGUUUUCUGGCUGAGCUUUAUUAAAAUUUUUAAAAAAUAAUAAGAUCAUUAUUUAAAAGUACUCGAGCACAAUUUUAAAUAUUCGGAGUCCCGUCUUCUUCCUUUCGUGUCCUCGUCGUUGCUUCCCUGUUUUGUAACUCCCACUGAAUCUUCUUCGAUAAGGUUGGCCGCAGCGGUGAACUCUUCCGACCGGUGGCUUGUUCGUUUACGAUUAUUUACGGCAAAGGAGCCGUUUUUCUUACACAGAAAGGCUGCCGGCUAUGGGUUAUUCUUGGUGGAUGAAAAAGUAGUUAGCUUUGUGGAAGCGCGCGGCCGUCUGCUCUUCCCUUUCCGCCGGCAAUGGGGUUCCUCUUCGUACUAAAUUUUCUUGUUUUGGUCUGUCUUGUGUUAUUAUUUUCAUCAAUGGCGGCGGCGUUGGACGCGGCGGCCGGGGAUGAGGCUGCCCUCCUGGCAUUUAAGAGCUCCGUCACCUUUGAUCCCUCUGAAAUCCUUUCUGGAUGGGAUCCGGCGGUGAGUAACCAGUGCGCGUGGUAUGGAGUUACUUGUGACGUGACUUCCGGCAGAGUCACUGGCCUCGAUCUCGCCGGCACAAAGGCAUCGCCGCUUGCUGGAAUGCUGAACUCCGACAUCGGGAAUCUUACCGAGCUCAGGUUCCUCUCCCUAUCUUACAAUUUAUUUUCCGGUGAGAUUCCUGCCGCGGCGAUUGGCGCGCUUCGGCAACUAGAGCUUCUGGAUCUCCGCGGCAACAAUUUCUCUGGGCGGAUCCCCGAUCAGAUAGCUAACUUGCCGUCCCUUGGUGUUCUUAAUCUCUCCCAUAACUCACUUCAAGGCCCCAUUCCUGACGGCUUAAUCGGACUGGCGCCACUAAAAUCUUUGGAUUUGUCGUUUAAUCGUCUUUCGGGAAGGAUAAAUGUUAGUCCCAUUGGAGAUUGCAAGUCGCUGAAUCACCUUAAACUUUCAGGCAAUCUUUUCGUUGGUGCAAUUCCUCCAGAUAUUGGGAAAUGCUCCAAUAUCCAAACUUUGCUUCUUGAUGGCAAUAUUUUCGAAGGGAGCAUUCCGGCGAACUUAGGCAGGAUAACCGAGCUUCGAGUACUGGAUAUUUCCAUGAACAGCCUCACUGAUAGGAUUCCAAACGAGCUCGGUAACUGCCACCAGCUUUCAGUUCUAGUCCUGACCAAUUUGAUUAGCUACUCCAUUACUGGUAGCUCUCCACAGCUCUACUUGAGUACCACUGAGGAGUUUAACGCCUUCAUUGGGGCUAUCCCACCUGAAAUUUUCUCAAUUCCGAGCCUGGAGAUUCUCUGGACUCCAAGAGCAAACCUUGAUGGAAGGUUACCUGGUUUUCGAAACAGUGCAUGCAAUCUGAGGAUUCUUAACCUUGGGCAAAACUACAUAGCUGGUGGUGUACCAGAGUGGCUUGGCUUGUGUGGGAAUCUUACUUACUUGGAUCUGAGCUUGAACAAUCUCCAGGGUCCAGUUCCUGCAGCUUUAAGUGUGCCGUGCAUGGCCUAUUUUAAUGUCAGUCAAAACACUCUUUCGGGAUCUCUUGCUGGAUUGUCUGGCAAGAUUUGCACAAAAAAUAUGUUCUCUGAAACUCUACUUGGGAGCCAGGAAGACGAUGAUCUUUUGAAAAUUUACUACAAAAAUCUUCUUCAUAGUGCUGAAGAAGCUAAUCCAUUUGGAUUAGUGUUUGAUGGUGAUUUUCUGAUUCUCCAUGACUUCAGUUCCAAUGAUUUCAGUGACUCGAUGCCUUAUUUUCUUCUACCAGCUAAUGAGAAUUUCUCAUAUGGCUUGUUAUUGAGUAAUAAUAGGUUCAACGGUUCCCUUCCUGAGAAUUUAUGGAAAUCAUGUACUGGUUUAAGAGGCUUUGCAAUCAACUUGAGUAGCAAUCAGGUAUCAGGGGAGAUCGGGAUGCUCCAAAAUUGCUUGCAAAUUAAGAUCUUUGAAGCAGCAAAUAAUAAUUUAAGUGGCUCAUUUCCUUCUGAUAUCGGCAAUUUGCUCUCCCUCUUGUAUAUUGACUUAAGAAGGAACAAUCUGAAUGGUACCGUUACAAAUCAGUUGGGAACAUUGAAGCAUGUGGAAGUUAUUCUCUUAGGUGGUAAUUAUUUAUCAGGAACAAUCCCGGUUCAGCUUGGGGAACUAACGUCUCUUAAACUCUUGGAUUUGUCAAGGAAUUCUCUAUCUGGUUCUAUCCCUUCAAGCUUAGCUGAUGCCUCUAACCUUGAAAUGCUUUUACUUGAUCAUAACUACCUUUCAGGCAAUAUACCUCCAUCUUUUUCAAAUCUAUCAAGACUUGCAAUGCUAAAUGUUUCUUUCAACAACCUCUCUGGUGAAAUUCCACAUCUUGUGCAUGUCACUGAUUGCAAACUCUUCCAAGGAAACCAAUUCUUGGAGCCAUGCUUAUAUUUGAACACCAACCCUCCAGGACUUGCUUCGAAAAAUUACACGGCAAGCUCGAAUGGCCGAAUUAGCAAGUUCAAGCCCUUCAUGGUAGCAUCUAUUGCUUCUGCGACCGCCGUCGUUUUCAUUCUGGCGCUGCUGAUCAUUUUUCUGAUAACUUGGAGAAAGAGAUUUAUAAAUCCAAGUAUAGGAAGUAAAGUUGUUGUGACCUUUACUGAAACUCCUUCUGAGUUAACUUGUAGUAACGUUCUAAGAGCUACUGGUAAUUUCAGCGUCCAAAGCUUGAUAGGAACUGGUGGGUUUGGGGCCACUUACAAGGCAGAGUUGCUCCCUGGUUACUUGGUAGCUGUAAAGAGGCUCUACAUAGGAAAAUUUCAGGGUCUCCAGCAGUUUGAUACUGAAAUUAGAACAUUGGGAAGGAUUCGACACAAAAACCUAGUGACACUAAUAGGUUACCACAGGGGAGAAAGAGACACAUUCCUCAUUUACAAUUAUCUCUCUGGUGGAAACCUUGAAACUUUUAUUCAGAAUAUGCCUCAGCUUGAUAUCCAAUGGCCAGUGAUUCACAAGAUAGCUCUAGAUCUUGCACAAGCAAUUUCAUAUCUUCACUACUCUUGUGCACCUAGAAUAGUUCAUAGAGAUAUCAAGCCUAGUAACAUUUUACUAGACGAGAAACUAAAUGCUUAUCUCUCUGAUUUUGGGCUAGCAAGAUUAUUAGAAGUGUCGCAAACUCAUGCGACAACUAAUGUGGCAGGUACCUUUGGAUAUGUUGCUCCUGAGUAUGCCACAACAUGUAAAGUAUCAGAUAAGGCUGAUGUUUAUAGCUUUGGUGUUGUACUGCUGGAGUUGUUGUCAGGGAAGAGAUCUCUUGAUCCAGCAUUCUGGGAUUUUGGAGAUGGCUUCAACAUUGUUGCUUGGGGAAGGUUGUUGAUCCAGGAAGAACGCUCUGUCGAGCUCUUCUCUCCUUCUCUCUUGGAGGCGGGACCGAUGGAUAAGCUUGUCGGAAUUUUGAGACUUGCACUAGCUUGCACUGUUGAAUCUCUUUCCAUAAGACCAUCUAUGAAACAGGUUGUGGAGAUCCUUAAAAAAUUGAAGAAUUAGCUUGUUCUUCCAAUCCUAGCUUUUGCAAAUUCAUUUAAGAGGGCCACAAGAAUGUGGCAUUAUGCAGCAGCUAAUAGCCAAUUGGAACUAUGAACCCUAAGAGUUGAAGAUCACUCCCCCAUUUUUUCAUCACAGAUGAAAAUCACUUGUUCAUCUAACUUUCAUCCCCAAGCAGCUGCCAGCAUAUGAAAUCCGAGCAAGAGAUCAGUAAUAAGCACUGAAAUAUAUGAAGAGAUCGCAAGGCACUUGUAAUUACUUAUUUCCAAGCAAUUUGUUCCGUCUUUCCAUGUCUAAGUUUGGGCGAAAUUAUUACAUGUGAUCAUCGGAUCAUCUGAAGGCGAAUCAGGAUAUGCCAUGUCACAAAGUAUAUAGCAUCCGUACACAACAAAAUGGUAGUGGUACAUCCUGAUUUGCCUCUGAACGACUUCCAGUGACCGCACGAAAUAAUUUCUCCAAAUUUGAACAGGUUACCUUCAUUCUUAUUGUAAUUUAAUAAAUUGGCGUUCAGUUAUUUGUAAAGCUAAUUAAGGGUCUUUUUUGACCGUUGAGUUCCAGGAAGAAAAUCGCAAUUCUUCAGUCCAUUAAACUUAGAUAUUUUAUUGUUCAAAAUUAUUGAUUGGCUUUAAUUCCAUUAUAAUUAAUUACA